GGGAGCCCUCCGCCUUGCGACUGGUGGAAGUUGGGAAUCCUUUCGGGUGUCUCUUCCUCACGUUUUUUUUUUUUUGCAUUUCGGCGUGUGUGGAAGGAAGCGGAGGGACGUGUUCGAGACUUUUUGAGCAAAGAAGCUGCUGAAAUGUGACUUUAUACCCGUUCCAAUUGUUUGCACUUUAAGUCGAAGCUCGUGUGUAUGCCGACGCACGGCGCGCUGGAGGAAGGAAGUCUGACUAUCCUGGUGUAGUUGAGCUAAAUUGGCUCUAUUCCGCUUUGUUUUCAAACGCUUUAUUUGAAGAAGAUGUCCACCGACUGCCAGCCGAGCAACGCCACGGCCAUCCCGUCGAGCAGGACGGUGGCCAUCCACGACGCCGAGCACAUGCCCCGAGAUUACUCCACGACCCCCGGUGGGACCCUCUUCAGCACCACUCCCGGAGGUACGAGAAUUAUCUACGACCGAAAAUUCCUGCUGGGGUGCCGCAGCUCCCCUCUGGCCAAGACUCCUCCACAAGGUCUUCCAGACAUUCCCGGUGUGACGAGUCCUCCGUCCGCAGGAGCCAACGAGAAGAAGGCCGCCGAUGGCGAGUUACCGAACAACAACGCCGCGGCGGCUUGCAACACUACCGGUGACGACGCACAGUUUGAAAUGGACAUCUGAGAGGCCUUUCGCGUGAAACGUCCCAACAAGCUGCUGCGAAAAGAAGUUCCAGUCUCGUUAGGUUUUUCUUUUUUGCACCCGGAACAAAUUUGUGAUUGAAACUAGAAAAACAAGUGUGCCUUCCUCUAAUGGCUUCGAGUUGAAAAAUGCACAACAAGCUACAAGACAAUCGAAAUUUCCUUAAUAAUAUUUCCCCGCAAUAUGCAAUCAUUCCCGGAGACCUUCAGAUGUUGCCUUCAAAUCUCCAAGUUACUGUCGUUGAGAUUUUUUUUUUUU